GAUUCCGCGUGAGAUUCACUUCGCUCCCCUAGCAAAACCGGUAGCGAAGUAGCAAAUCGACGGCCGUUCGCGGUUCGAUGGCCGCCGUCGUCCCCAUCCCCGCCUUCUCCCACGCCGCGAAGUUACCCUCCCUCAGUCGAUCUCCCCACCACCACCACCACCUCCAGUUUCCGCCUCCGCGCCACCUCCUCCGCCUCGCCGCCGACCGUCGGGACCUCGCUCUCGGGCGCGCCCUCCACGCCGCCAUCCUCAAAUCCGCCGACAACGACGACACCCGCCUUGGCAACGCCCUCAUCUCCAUGUAUCUCGACCUCGGCCGCCUCCCCGACGCCCGCAAGGUCUUCGCCUUGUUGCCGUCGCCCAACGUCGCUUCCUUCUCCUCCUUGAUAUCUGCGUACGCCAAGGCCGGACGGCCGCUCCGUGCCGCCGGCUUUUUCUUCCGGAUGAGGAUGCUCGGCGUUGAACCGAACGAGUUUAGCUUCGUCGCUAUCUUGACGAGUUGCAUCAGGGAGUUGAAUUUCCGACUCGGGUCUCAAGUUCACGCCUUUGCCGUGAAAACCAACCACUGUUCCUGCGUAUAUGUAGGCAACGCGCUUAUUGCUGUGUAUGUCAAAUGUGGGUGCGCCACUACCGCCGAGAAGCUGUUUGAUGAAAUGAUUGAGAGAGAUGCAUCGUCGUGGAACACACUUAUCUCGGGUAUGAUCGAGAAUGGUAGAUAUGCUGAAGCGUUUGAGCACUUUAAUUUUAUGCAGUUUGAAGGACAUCGCGCCGAUGGCUUCUCCUUGUCCACCCUUUUGACGGCUGCUUCAGAUGGCCUUGGUGGUACAGAAGGAAAAGCAAUUCAUGCUUAUGCUGUUAAAACCGGUUUGGAUUUGAAUUUAAGUGUAGGAAAUGCUUUGGUUUCGUUCUACACUCAGUUCGGUUCUAUAGAAGAUGUGGCUGAUGUCUUCGAGAGAAUGCCUACAAAAGAUGAUAUAUCUUGGACUGGGAUGCUUAAUGCGUUUAUGGAAUUUGGUUUAGUUGAAUCUGCUGUUCAGGUUUUUGAUCAAAUGCCUGAGAGGAAUUGUGUGACUUAUAAUGCUCUUUUAGCUGGUUUUUGCCAUAAUAGAGAAGGUUCUCGAGGUCUAGAAAUUUUUCAGUUGAUGUUGCUAAAUGGCUUGGAGAUUUCAGAUUUUACGCUGACUAGUGCUAUGAACGCUUGUGCCUUGGUCACUGAUAUGAAGAAGAGUGAGCAGAUUCAUGCUUUCUUGAUUAAAUCUGGCUGCAAAUUGAGUGCUUGGAUUGAAGCUGCUUUACUCGAUAUGUGUUCUAAAUGUGGUAGGAUUCAUGAUGCUCGGGAGAUGUUUAUGAGUUUGGUCCAUGAAGAGAACUUUCAGCUGGCUUGGACUUCUCUUAUGUGUUCCUAUUCUAGAAACGGGCAGCAUAAUGAAGCUUUGUCUCUUUUCCAACUAGGGAUAGUGAGAAAUGACCUAAUGAUUAUGGAUGAAUUCUCGUACUCAACAGUCCUUGCAUUAUGUGGUACCUUAGGUUUUGCUGAAAUGGGGCAGCAAAUUCACUGUGUCAUUGUUAAGUCUGGUGUAUUAUCUGAUCUAGAAGUUGGGAAUGCUCUGUUCAGUAUGUAUGCCAAGUGUGGGAACUUGGAAGAUUCCAUUACUCUCUUUAGCCAAAUGCCUCAGCAUGACAUUGUGUCAUGGAACACAUUACUAACAGCUCAUCUUCUUCACCGACAGGGAGAUAAUGCUUUGGAUGCAUGGCAAAGGAUGGAAAACUUUGGCGUGAUGCCCGAUGGUAUCACCUUUCUCUUGAUUAUUUCAGCAUGUAGAUAUACUAGCUCAAACUCCAUUGAGACCAGUCACAGACUAUUUCAAUUGAUGGAGAACUCUUACAGCAUUACUCCGACAUCAGAACACUACUCGGCCAUGGUAGAUGUUUUGGGUUAUUGGGGUUCCUUUGCUGAAGCGGAGCAUCUGAUACAGAACAUGCCCUUGAAACCUGACACAUCAGUUUGGCGAGCUUUGCUUGAUAGUUGUAGGUUGAGAUCAAAUGUGAGCUUAGGGAGACAGGCGGUGCAAUCCCUUCUGGCAUCAGAACCUCAAGAUCCAUCUACAUAUGUUCUCGUUGCAAAUCUUUAUUCGGCUUCUGGGAGGUGGCAUUGCUCAGAAAAGGUGAGGCAGGAAAUGCAAGAAAAGGGCCUGCGGAAGAUCCCUGUAAGAAGUUGGAUUAUUCAUCAGAAUGAAGUGCAUUCGUUCUAUGCGAGAGAUAGAUCACAUUCACAAUCGAAAGACAUCUAUAGUGCACUGGAAAUACUUGUUCAGACAUGCAUGAAAGCAGGGUAUGAGCCAGACACAUGUUUUGUGCUUCAUGAAGUGGAAGAGUAUCAAAAGUUGAACUUCCUCUUCUAUCACAGUGCAAAACUGGCAGUUUCAUAUGGGCUUCUAAUGGCACGGCCAGACCGUCCAGUGAAGGUGGUGAAGAACAUCCAUCUUUGUGGCGACUGUCACAUGUUUCUCAAAUAUGUAUCUUUGGUAACCAGUCGAGAGAUCUUGGUGAGGGAUACGUCAGGGUUUCACCAUUUCAAGAGCGGUGUUUGCUCCUGUGGAGAUUAUUGGUGAUGUUGCACCUGAGUGUAUUUGUUGUAUUGAAGUUGUGCAGAUAUAUAAAAGCUGUAGUCUGUUGCAAUUUUCAGUAGGUUAUCAACCGAUUCUUUUGCCUAAUUUGUGUGAUGUGUAUAUGAAAUCUAAUACGAGAAAUCAGUGUCAUCGUGAAAUGGAGGACGCAUGAUUGAGUUUCCUUCUGAACAACCACUCAUCCAUCAUGGAUCUGAAGCCUUUAACUAAGAUUUUCGUUUGAUGUCAAAUCUAGGAUCAAAUGACACUUAUAUGACACCAGUUGAAGGUUAGAAGGGGUGAAUAGAUAAUGAUGAAAUUUGGUGGCUUGAUGACUCAGAAGUUGCUCGGCAGAUUGAUAACUCAGAAGCGGCUUGGUCACCCUGAAGUGGAUCAACGACUCAAGAAGCAGAUCUACGACUCUGAAGCUUUAGUUGAUUGAGGAACCAAAUGCACGAGAGCAUGUAUGGCUUUUAGUGGCUCUUCUACAUCACCACUGAAAGCCACAGCCACUAAGUGACCCAUUUAGAAGAGCCAAAUGGUGACGGUCCCUUUUUGUCAUGGAUUGAGACAAUGGCAGAUGGUAAGCAUAGGACACUCGACAUGGCAAAAAGGAGGCAUAUUUGUGCAAUGAACCAACCCUUCGAGCAUAUUCCGCUGAAGCAAAUUAAAAGCUGAAAGCUACAUCUAGCUUCCAUUCAAUGCUAUACACCAUCAAUUAGCUUGGAAGAAGAUAACUUUCAAGAGGUUGAUUGAAGUCGCUAACUUGCAGGGAAGUGAUGAUAGAACUUAUUCUUCUAAGCUUCUUUAGAACAAGACCUCUACAAGAUUCCAAGCUUAAUAAAUCUCCAUUUAAUCCCUGUCAAAUCACACACCGAUACAAUAACUUUGCCUGGACCUGAACUGAAGCAAUUAAACCUGUGUAAAAAUUGAAGUCUCAGUCUCAGUCUCAGUCUCACACACUGACUGUGAAUAAUGCACCAGGAUAUUAUUUCUCUGGCUUUAAAAUGUGUGCUCAGCCCUUGAAUACUGUGCACCGACGGCAGUAAUGGCGCCAAUGGAAUGAAUGGUUUCCUUCCCUUGUGCUGUGAUGAAUUUAGCCGAGACAGGAGAAAGGUUGAAGAAGAAGAAGAAGAAGAAGAAGAAGAAGAAGAAGAAGAGGGGCCCGCGAGGGCCCAACAAUUUGAUACGUGUAAGGAUAUGAUUCCCGGGCAAAAAGUAGCCACAUCACAUGGGAUUGCUCUUUAAAUACGCACCCUUUUCCGGAAGAGCGCCAUGGCCUCCACCACCAGGGCUGCAUGCCUCGACCUUGGAUUUUGAUAUGCUGCUUUCGUGGAGAGCGAUCGACGGAGGGGAAAGGCGCGAUCUUGAUGGGUUUUCUCUGAUCAAUUUUGGAUUUUUAAGAUUCAAGUUCGACCUUUUUCGUUCUUUUUUUGGGUCAAGCCGAUUGAGGGUUUAACUGGGGCCAACUGGGAUCGAGCGAGUACGCAGUGUUCUGUUCUUGCUCCAACAAUCGAUUUCCUAAAAAGUGUUCCUUUGAUCUGAAAAGAUUGAAGGAAGUGGCGUACUGUGAACAAUCUGUUCGUGUUUUUCGUUGUCUUGUUUAAAUUUCCAAUCUUUUUGAUCGUUCAAAGUUGCGCAGCAGCGGAGCAGGGGACAAGAAGAUUUCAGUACCAAGCCCUCCGUCUGUUCGUCGUUUUUUCUCUUUUUGAAAGAAAACUCUCUCUGUUUUCUCUGUUGAAUCCCUCUUUUUCUCACUGUUUGAAGCUUUCGUGGCAUCAAGGGUUUGGCGAACGCUAUGCUGA